UGUGAUAUCAGAUAAUGUUAAUGUUCAGAUUCACACGCAUUGUGAGUUGUUGCGCAAGCUUGUGUCUUCGUAGAAAUUAUUCUCAGCAUUUAAUAUUUGUGAAUAAAGUAUAUGAAUCAUAUAAUAUUUUGUUACCAUGUAUAAAUAAUUCUGUACAUUGGAUACAUGUUGAUAGCACGCUUAAUAAUGAGGAUAAAAAUGGUAGAAACAAUGCUAAUCGAAAGCGAGACGAUAGCAGCGAGAGUAAAAGUACGUCAAAUCAUCCAUUCACAGAGAAAACAGAAAGUAAUAUCACAAAAAAGUCAUCUCCAUCAUCAGAAAAAGUAUCUCUUAAAACAGGAUCAACACCAAAGAUAAAAUUGUCUGGAGGGUUCAAGUUUGAUGGUAGUAAUACCUCUAAAAGGAAGAGAAGUACUGAUAAUGCAAAAGAGAAUGUUACGAAAAAACCUGCAAAGAGAAAGUCAAAAGAUAAGUCAGUGGAAAAUAAAAAAGAAAAUGCGAAGAGUUUAAAAAGAAAGAGUGAUUCAAUUUCUUCUAAAUCAGAAUCAUCAAAAUCUUCAUCUGAUGAAGCAGAUGAAUCAAAGGAAAUACGUAUAAAAACCAGUUCCAAUAAAACUAAAAAGAGAUUACGGAUAAUAGCACCUGUUGAUUCCAGUGAUGAAGAAGAGAAACUGACAUUGCCAGAAAGUCCACAAAAACCAGAUAGUAACAAAGAAGAAAAAUCGUCAGAUAAUGAAAAACGAAAAUCAUCAGAUAAUGAAAAACAAAAAUCGUCAGAUACCGAAAAAGAAAAGUCUGAUGAGGAAACUGAGGUUAAUGAACAAAGUACUGAAGAAAAGAAAAAUGGUGAAGAAGAAAAUGAUACAAAAGCACCUGCAAAGAAGAUACAUAGCUUUUUCACUGUAAAACAAAAAGAAAGUACAAAGAACAAUGUUGGAGAUAAGGCAAAAUCUGCUAAUCAAUCUUAUAAUCCUAGUAUCUCGAAUUAUCACCCAAUUAAUGAUGCAUGCUGGAAGAAAGAUGAGAAAGUACCAUAUAUCGCAUUAACGCGCACAUUGGAAUUAAUCGAGGAAACAAGUGCACGUUUGAAGAUAAUCGAAAUUUUAUCCAACUAUUUCCGUUCUGUCAUAGUUUUAAGGCCAGAUGAUUUACUUCCAAGCGUAUACUUAUGUCUCAAUCAGUUAGGCCCCGCAUAUGAAGGAAUUGAGUUGGGAGUGGCAGAUACAACACUUAUGAAAGCUAUAGCACAAUGUACAGGUAGAACUUUAGCUCAAAUAAAAGCAGACGUUCAAGAAGUUGGGGAUUUGGGUAUUGUUGCGGAAGGAAGUCGUUCCAAUCAGAGAACAAUGUUUCAACCCGCUCCAUUAACAGUACCUAAUGUGUACUCCAGACUGAGGGAGAUAGCACAAAUGACCGGUUCUGCAUCCAUGAGCAAGAAACUAGACAAAAUUCAGGCACUCUUCGUUGCAUGUCGCUUAACCGAAGCCAGAUAUCUUAUUAGAUCUUUGGCGGGUAAACUUCGGAUUGGUUUAGCGGAACAAUCUGUUUUACAGGCAUUAGCGUUAGCGUGUGCAAUGACUCCACCAGAGCAAGAUCCACAAAUUUUAGACGCAAGUAAAAAAAUGUCAAGCGAUUCCUUUAAACAGAAAUAUGAGAAAAUUGCACUUAUUCUCAAAACAACAUAUUGUGAAUGUCCAAAUUACGAUAAGAUAAUUCCUGUUUUACUGAAAGAAGGGGUAGAAGCGUUACCGAGCAAAUGUAAGAUAACGCCUGGUAUUCCUAUGAAACCUAUGUUGGCACAUCCUACUAAAGGCGUACAGGAGGUACUAACACGGUUCGAAGGAUUGAAAUUCACUUGUGAAUGGAAAUAUGAUGGAGAAAGAGCCCAGAUUCAUUUUGCUGAAAAUGGUGACAUUAGCAUCUAUAGUAGAAAUCAAGAAAAUAAUACCAGCAAAUAUCCCGACAUUAUAGGACGAUUUAAAAAUACGAAAGGAGAAAGUGUUAAAAGUUGUAUUCUGGACUGCGAAGCGGUAGCGUGGGACAACGAGAACAAACACAUUCUUCCAUUCCAAGUACUUAGUACAAGAAAACGCAAGGAUGCAAAUGAAGCAGAUAUUAAAGUUCAAGUAUGUGUGUUCAUGUUCGAUUUGCUAUAUUUAAAUGGUGAACCAUUAGUACAACAGCCUUUUGUAAAACGUCGAGAAUUACUAAAAGAAAACUUCAAAGAUGUAGAAGGUGAAUGGAAAUUUGCAAACAGUUUAGACACUUCAAGUAUGGAGCAGGUGCAAGACUUUUUAGACGAAUCGGUCAAAGGUAAUUGCGAGGGUCUAAUGGUGAAGACAUUGGAACAAGAUGCAACAUACGAAAUUGCGAAACGUUCUCGAAAUUGGUUAAAACUGAAGAAAGAUUAUUUAGAUGGUGUAGGUGAUACAUUGGAUGUGGUCGUUAUUGGUGGUUAUAUAGGAAAAGGUAAACGAACGGGAACGUACGGAGGAUUCCUUUUGGCUUGUUAUGAUCAAGAGAAUGAAGAAUAUCAAAGUAUCUGUAAGAUUGGUACCGGUUUCACCGAAGAGGAUCUUCAGAAACAUUCAGAAUUUCUUAAGGAACAUAUUAUACCGACAAAUAAGUCAUACUACCGUUAUGAUUCAUCUCUCCAACCUGAUCAUUGGUUUGAACCCGUCCAAGUAUGGGAGAUCAAAUGUGCAGAUCUGUCUCUGUCACCUGUUCAUAAAGCUGCUGUCGGAAUCGUUGAUCCAGAAAAGGGCAUAUCCUUACGAUUUCCACGAUUUAUUCGUAUUCGCGACGAUAAAAACAGCGAGGACGCCACUUCCGCUCAACAAGUUGCAACCAUGUACAAUAGUCAGGAACAGAUAAAGAACCAAGUUACUUCAUCGAAGUUAACAGAGGAAGAUUUUUAUUAGAUUUACAAUAAAGUACACAACUUAAUACAGA